AUGAUCAACGUGGGCGAACUGCUUGGAUCACUCAGCGCCGCACCUUUGAACGACUUCAUCGGACGUAAAGGUGUAUUCAUGACCGGCACUGUUACCAUUAUCAUCGGUGUCAUUCUCCAGCUUGCCACGAGCUCCAACAAGGCACUCAUAACUGCUGGCCGAGCUAUUCUGGGCUUUGGAGUUGGCAACUUCUCGGCUACAUCUCCAUUAUAUAUGGGCGUAAGCAAAACCCAUUUCGUCAAAUACAUCCUGCAGAGCGCUAACAAAGGUCUAGGAAAUCGCUCCAGAAUCAUUGCUGCCGGUAUCAAUCGCGGCAUGGUCAACAUCGACACUACAUUUGCCUACCGCUUUCCUAUCGGCUUCCAGCUCCUGUUCCCUUGCCUUAUUCUGGCAGGAAUCUGGUUUGUGCCAGAGUCACCUCGCUGGCUGCUACGGAAGGGUCGUACUGAGCAAGCCGUACGAUCAUUGAAAUCUCUUCACAGAGAGGAGAAGAACUACGACCCCCAACCCGCUGUUCAUGAGAUCCAAGUCGGCAUUGAGAGGGAAAUCGAAACUGAGGCCGAGAGCGGCUGGCUACAGCUACUCACGGACCCGAUCGAACGUCGAAAGGUUAUCUACAGUGCUGGCGCACUUGUUGCACAACAGAUUAAUGGAAUUCAAUGGUUUUAUUACUUUGGCACGGUAUUCAGCAAGGCAAUUGGACUCUCGGAUCCCUUCCUGAUGACGUUGAUCGUCUUCAUCAUCCAGGUUUUCGUGGUGCUGGCAGCCGUUCUUUUGGCCAACAAACUUCCAAGACGACCCCUUCUCAUGAUCACUACAGGUAUAAUGACCGUUUCUAUCUUCGUGGUAGGAUGCCUUGGCAUUCCUGGAGGUGAACCUUCAACGGUGAUCGGCAAAGUUAUCAUCAGCUUUGUCAUUAUUGAGAUUGUGGCUUUCAACUUUGCGUGGGGUCCUCUGGGCUGGACUAUUGCUUCUGAGAUGGCUGUUGGCCGCAACCGCAACAAGAUCUAUGCCAUUGCAGUGGCUUGCUUCUGGGUGACAGUCUGGGUGACAGUCUUCACUCUUCCGUACCUAUAUUACUCCGCCAACUUAGGCCCCAAGACUGGUUUCGUAUAUACCGGUUUAUGUUUCAUCACCUGGGCAUAUGUCUAUUUCUGUGUGGGAGAGGUAACAGGCCGAACGAUUGAGGAGAUCGAUGGCUUCUUCAGAGACGGCAUCCCAGCGAAGCAGUGGAAACAUCAGCCAAGAAAAAUAGACUCACCAUCACUCGAUAUCGAGAAGAAUGAUGGAGUGUCCGAAGAGAAGAUGGGAGGUGCUGGCAAGGCAGAAGAGGUAGUUCACUCAUAA